UUUCAUUUCCACCCACCGAAGGGGCAAAUGACACUCGAGACUUGAGAGACUUGUUAAAAGCCACAAGUCGUCGGCGUCUCGCAGACGCACUAGUCUCCCCACUAAACGUUCAAUCUAAUCUUCAGUAAUACUUCCGCAUUAGGUCUUUUUCAAUUUUUGGGUUUUGGAAUAGGGUUGCAGUUUUUGAUGAUGAUCGAAUUGAGGCGGAAAAUCCCUCAGCUGCCUGCUGCUGUGCAGUGCGUAGUGUUGUUGCUGAUUACUUCCUUCGCCUUUCAGAUCUGCGAUUCUGCUUCCGAUGUGAUCUAUUACGAGCCAUUCGACGAAUCAUUCGAGGGCCGCUGGGUUGCUUCUCAGAAGGAUGACUAUAACGGUGUCUGGAAGCAUUCAAAAAGUGAGGGACAUGAUGAUUACGGCCUUCUGGUUAGCGAGAAGGCAAGGAAGUAUGCAAUAGUAAAAGAGCUAGACCAGGUUUUGAGUCUCAAAGAUGGAACUGUUGUCCUACAGUUUGAGGUGCGGCUCCAAGAUGGGCUAGAAUGUGGUGGUGCAUACUUGAAGUACCUUCGACCCCAAGAGGCAGGAUGGCAACCCAAGGAAUUCGAUAACUCCUCUCCAUACUCCAUAAUGUUUGGACCUGACAAAUGUGGCUCAACAAACAAGGUGCACUUCAUCCUUAAGCACAAGAAUCCCAAGAGUGGGGAUUAUGUUGAGCACCAUCUAAAGUACCCCCCUUCUGUGCCCUCGGACAAACUGUCCCACGUCUACAGUGCAAUAUUGAGACCGGAUAAUGAAGUCAGUAUUCUAAUAGAUGGGGAGGAGAAGAAGAAGGCAAAUUUCCUCUCUGGUGAUGAUUUUGAGCCGCCUCUAAUUCCGGCCAAGACAAUUCCAGACCCAGAUGAUAAGAAACCAGAGGAUUGGGAUGAGCGGGCUAAAAUUCCAGAUCCAGAAGCAGUGAAGCCAGAUGAUUGGGAUGAGGAUGCACCCAUGGAAAUUGAAGAUGAGGAGGCUGUGAAACCUGAAGGAUGGCUGGAUGAUGAGCCGGAGGAGAUCGACGAUCCUGAUGCUGCAAAGCCAGAAGAUUGGGAUGAUGAGGAAGAUGGUGAAUGGGAGGCACCAAAAAUUGAUAACCCGAAGUGUGAGAUUGCACCUGGGUGUGGUGUUUGGAAGAGGCCAAUGAAGAGGAAUCCAGCUUAUAAAGGGAAAUGGCAGGCUCCUCUAAUUGACAACCCUAAUUAUAAGGGCAUAUGGAAACCUCAAGAUAUCCCAAACCCAGAUUAUUUUGAGCUCGAGAAACCUGAUUUUGAGCCCAUUGCUGCCAUUGGCAUUGAGAUCUGGACAAUGCAGGAUGGCAUUUUGUUUGACAAUAUUCUCAUUGCGGGUGAUGAGAAGGUUGCAGAAUCAUACAGGUUAACAGCAUGGAAGCCAAAGUUUGAAGCUGAGAAAGAGAAACAAAAGGCUGAGGAAGCAGCUGCCGGUCUUUCGGAUGGCCUCUCUGACUUCCAUAAAAUGGUUUUUGACCUUCUUUACAAGAUAGGGGACAUUCCUUUCUUGAAUGCAUACAAGCCCAAGAUCAUUGAUCUAAUUGAAAAGGGAGAAAAGCAGCCCAAUAUAACCAUCGGUAUUAUUGUUUCAAUUGUGGUGGUUAUUUUGACAGUUUUCUUCAGAAUCCUUUUUGGCGGCAAGAAGCCAGCGGUCAAUGCCAGUGAAACAGACACAAAUGCAUCUGCGGGGACUUCCAACAAUCAAGAAAGCAGUGGGGAGAAGGAGAAUGAGGAUGAGAAGGAUGAUGAUGCCGCCGCUGCUGCUCCUCGUAGGAGGUCUGGUACCAGACGGGAUCAGUGAACUAGGCACAUAAGCAAGCAUUGCCACCGGUUGUUACAUCUACAAUUUUGAGGACAUGGGAACUGAGGGACUGGAUAUUCCUCAAGUGAUAUUUCCUGAAUACUCGUUUCUUGUUCUGUUAGAGCACUUGCAUCGUAGACGGAUUAAACUCUAGUCGUUUUGAUUGUUGUUUCUGUUGAUUAAUUUGCCUUCUUUUUUUCUUUUUGAAAAACAAGGUUCCAUUAAUUCUUCUCCCCCCAAGAUACUCCUCUCUUUAAGUUGAAUUUCAACCAUGUAAUGUGGUAUUAACUCCUGUAUGAGCUAUCAUAUUAGUAAAAUAUGUUGCGAACCA